GUCGGAGGACCACACUCGUUCCUUGAGGAGGCCGGCCAGAUUGCUUUAGUGGAUUAUUGCAAGAGUGCAUAUUUGUCUCGACGGCCACCAUGGCUAUAGGACAGACCUCCUUCUUUACUGGAGUCGUCCUCCUUCUCAACGCGACCAUCGGACGCAAGCUGAAUACGAGCUCGGCUGAGGUGACAUGGAUCACCCCGGGGAUGUCCCUGACAAGUGGUGCUUUCCUGCUCCCAUUUGAGAAGCUGAGUGACCUAUUCGGGCGCAAGGUCCUAUACAUCAGUGCGAUGACCGGCUUCACUCUCACCCUGGUCACCAUUGGGUUCACUCCAUCCGCCAUUUACAUGGAAGUUUUCUUAGGGAUCCUUGGCCUCUUCUCCGCCGCCGUUGUGCCUCCAGCUACUGGUGGACUCGGAGCAGUAUACAAGGAGCCGUCCAAACGCAAGAACCGAGCCUUUGCCUGCCUCAGUGCCGGGAACCCCCCUAGGAUUCGUGUGUGGGAUGAUAAUCUCCGGGAUCGCUGCUCAGGUCGCCAGCUGGCGUGCCUCCUUUUGGGCUCUAGUGGUGGUGUACGCAGGGUUCACUGCGCUGGCAUUGUGGAGUGCCCCCUCAGAGCGGCCAAAUAGUACCGCACGAUGGUCCUGGUCAUCCCUUCAACGAUGCGAUCCGCUGGGUAUGCUGCUGGUCGUAGUCGGAGUUGGCGUAUCUUCCGCCUCCCUAACGUGAGUUCUCUGCCAUUGCCGGCGAAACAAAGUAGACUCGAAUGAUAUUGAUUCGAUAUUUUUCCAAUCAGACUCGCAGACGAUGCACCACAAGGUUGGAGAACGCCGUAUGCGUUAACGGCGCUUCUCUUGAUCGGACUCGUUGCCUUUGGCCAUCAAUGGGGUCU